AUGGAAGCUAAGACCAUUGAAGAAGGCGAGCAUGAAGAGAAGUUGCUGUGGCUAGAACUUGGCAAGAAGAUCACCUACUAUAAGGAGAGGGUUGAUCUCAGCCGUUUUGACAACGAUCCUCUAGUACUAGAUGCAGAGAAAGAUGUACGCAAAGUUCUUCUAAAAUGGAAGAAAGUGGAGAAGAGGAUUCGAUUCUUGAAGAAGAAGGAAAGGAAGGACUUGAAAGCGGUAGAAGAGCCGGAUGAAAAACAUGGGCGCGAUCGUAGCGUAUACGAAAUUUUGCCUCAAGCUGGAGAAAUAGUAAGUUUUUGUAAAAUUUUGUUACAAUUUUUAUAUUUACUUCCAAAUUUUAUUAAAAUUGAUUGAAAUGUCGCAUUUUAUAUUAAAAUUUUGAUUUUUAUUGAAAUUUAUUCUUUAACUUUGUGUUUCAGGUACCUGAGAAGCCAAAAGCAGAAGAACGUCACGGACGUGACAGAAUUAGCAUCUACCAAGUCAUGCCCAUCACAGACGAAACGACCGAGAAGAGGAAGAAGAAAACUCUUAAAGUAGGUUUAGUUAAGUUUUAAAAUUUUUGGUUAUUUUUUAGUUUGGCGAAAAUGUUCUUUCUAGCAUAAAAAUGGCAAACAUUUUUUUACAAAACAUAAAACUUCAAACCCGCAAAUAGAAAUAAGUGUAGUUAAUUCUAGUACAGAAAUGUUUUAGUUAUACUGGGACCAAAAUUAUACAUUUGUUUAGUAAUAUAAAGAUCAAAGUUAGGCUUGUUAGUUUUGGUGCUAUAUUUAUUAGCUUUUUCAGGUCCAAGGCGUUUUUAAGGCCGGUCGACGGAGGGGCAAGGUAAUGCAGUACGGUUCACACACCUACUACCAUACGUAUCAAAACAGGUACAGAUGUGUGGAUUAUUUUAAAGGGACAUCGCGGUGUAAAGCUGAAGCCGAAGUCACAAAAGCGGCGUAUGGUCAAAAUGAAUUGGCCCUGAUCAAGCCCUGUCGUCAACCACGUUGACGAGUGGUAGAAUCUUGUUACUGAUUUAUGUUUGAUUGGGAUAAAACUUGUCUCAUUUUAUGUGUCAUGUCUUUCUCUUUUAUUUUAUUUAUUUUCGAAUUGUUAAUUUGAGACAAUCCGUCUCGUCUUCGAUCUCAUGAUCGAACCUUGAUAUCUUCUGUCCUUGAGGCAUGAUUAUUUAUAUUGUAAAGAGACCUCCAAUCAGGAGAGCUCUCAGUUCUGAUAUUCUGAUAGUAUUAUUGAUUGUCGGAUAUAUAUCGAUUGUAUUCUGUGGUAUUUCGGUGGAUUAUUGUUGUGAUUGUCUAAUAAACUAUAAUUUACCGUGCCCGAUUCGAUACUUUAUUGAGGAAAGGUCUAGUUAUUGACUAGGACAGUUAUCUACUUGCUUGAACGGAUUAUCGAAGCUGGUACCCACUUGGCGUGGAGCAGCGAGGUCAGGGGACAACUCUGGUCAUUGACAGUGGUGUGGAUUCAUCGACGAUUGGACCUGAUCAAUCCGAUCCGAAAGCGGUUCACAACAAGCCCCACACCUGCAAUCAAAAGGAAUCGGCAAGUUUACAAGAUUGUUAAUUUACAGGAGUAUUUUUUAUUAUACUUGCCAAAAACUUUUUUUACAAAACAAUUUUAAACGAACGUAUAUUUUUUUCAGGAGCAAAAGUGACGUGGUAUGGAAGUUAGGUGGAGGAAUUUUUAUUGUUUUUUAUAAUUGUAAGUUAUUGCGUGGUCUUAUUAUUUUUUCUAUUUGUUGGUUCUUUAUUAUAUUAUAUUUGCUAAAUUUACUCAAUUUUGCGACUAAAGAGGUUUUAAAAGGUCGAUCAAUGAAAAUUUUAGGUACUAUAUCGCUUUAUUUACAACUUCAACUUAGUGCUAGACGUCGACAUGCAGAGAGGGAUACAUUUUGGGGUGGUAAAACAGUUGGGACUUUUACACCAGAGAUUGGUGACAGGAAACCUACUCAUCUUAUUGUACGUGCUGGAGCUGCUGGCUAUGUCUUGGCAAGUUUUUAAACAUUUUUAUCGUUUUUGUUUUAGGUGAAGGUGAAGAAAUUAUCAGAGAUUAGCUUGUUAACUUUUGGCAUGGCUUUUUAAAGUUUUUAAAUAGCUUCUGUAAAAAGUUUAAGAAAAUUAGGUAUCUAAAACAAUGUCAAAUCUUGGUUAGUUCUAACAUAAAAUCAAUUGAAAACAAACUAGACUAUUGUUUGAAAUAGUCUUCGAAGUCGUUCCUAAUGGGUUUUAUUUUUUUAAAAUUAAUGAAAGUUUUUAAACUACAAAUAUUUUAAGUUAUAUUAACAUAGGUCUAAUUUACAGGCAAAUCGUUUAACCGAGAAUCCGGAUAAUCUUGUACUUUUAUUGGAAGCUGGGCCAAAAGAUGAAUGGUAUAAUUGGAAGAUCCACAUGCCCGCAGCACUUAUGUACAACCUUUGUAACGAUAAAUAUAACUGGUAAGGAGUAAAUUGGCAUUUUUUACAAAAGUAAUUUAUUUUAGGUAUUAUCACACGAUGGCUCAAAAACACAUGGGCAACCGGGUAUUUUACUGGCCUAGGGGUAGAGUAUGGGGUGGAUCAACUUCAUUGAAUGCUAUGGCGUACGUUAGAGGGCAUCCUAUGGAUUCGAUGGGAAGCUGA